AAGGGGUUUUCCUCUCUUCUAUGGACCUUUCUGAGAUGUGCGAUUAACAUCAGAUUCCCAGAGUCCAAAAUACAUUUCCUCCAUUUGUAGAUGCACUAUGUACACCCACACUAGUCCCGGAAGCAGCAGAUGAUGGAGAUGUGAUGUGGGAAGGAGAUGAGGAUGACGAACAUGCACAUCUAAAUCAGUGUGUGCUCAUCUGAUUGCUCUUUGGGUUCUGCUUUGCUUCAGGGGAUGUGUCUGCCCAGUACCAGUCAGUGUGUGUGUGUGAAGGUCAUACAGAGCAAGGCUCUUCUGAGCAUCAGUCUCUCAGCUGUUGAUCAUGAAUAAACCACUAAUGAAAGAGAUGCACACUUUUGGGGAGCAGGAGACCAGUAACCAGUCGAGUCCCAGCAAGAAACCUACACCGCCAAAGCCUCAGAAUGCCAUCACCAUCGCCGUGUCCUCCCGUGCCCUCUUCAAUAUGGAUCGAGAGCAGGACAUUUAUGAGCAGCAGGGAAUGGAGGAUUACCUGAAAUAUCAGAUCCAACAUGAGAUCGAGCCAUUUGCACCCGGACCUGCAUUCCCCUUCAUUAAGGCAGUGGAGGCAGUGAACAUUCGACUCAGGGAGCUUUAUCCAGACAGUGAAGAGCUCUUUGACGUGGUUCUGAUGACCAGCAAUCAUGCUCAUGUGGGACUUCGGCUCAUAAAUUCAAUUAACCAUUACCAGCUAUUUAUAGAGCGCUUUUGUAUGACUGGAGGCAACAGUCUUAUUGGGUAUCUGAAAGCCUACCACGCCAACCUUUAUCUGUCAGCUGAUUCAAUGAAAGUUAGAGAAGCCAUUGAAGAAGGAAUUGCAGCAGCAACAGUAUUCUCACCUGGAAAAAUCACUUGUUGUGAGUUGUCGGAGACUCAGCUGCGAGUGGCCUUCGAUGGAGAUGCCGUUCUCUUUUCAGAUGAGUCAGAGAUAAUCUACAAAGCCCACGGACUGGACAAGUUCUAUGAGCAUGAGAAAGCCCAUGAAAAUAAACCUCUUGAUCAUGGACCACUUAAGGGGUUCUUGGAAGCUCUAGGGAAGCUGCAACAGAAAUUCUAUGCCAAAGGUCAGCGCCUGGACUGUCCCAUCCGCACCUAUUUGGUUACAGCUCGCAGUGCAGCCAGUUCAGGUACCCGGGCCCUCAAGACGUUACGCUCCUGGGGUCUGGAGACAGAUGAGGCCCUCUUCCUAGCAGGAGCCCCUAAAGGCCCCAUGCUGGAAAAGAUCAGACCUCACAUCUUCUUUGACGAUCAAAUGUUCCACGUGAAGGGUGCGGCAGAACUUGGGACUGUGGCGGCUCAUGUUCCCUAUGGGAUUGCCCAGAAGAGUCAAUCAAAGACAGCGAGGGAUGUAAAAAAAGACAUGCCAGAGUGAAUGCUGCUCUCUUCAUCCGGGCUGUGACGAGUUUAUAUAAAGUUUUAAAGGGAUGUUUCACCCCCAAAUUUUAAAUCUCUCAUCAUUUACUCCUAGAUUUACACAUCCAACCUGUGUGAGUUUAUUUCUUCUGUUCAGCCCAGAAGAAGAUAUUUACAAGAAAUGUUAGUAACCAAUCAGCUGAUGGUAGCCAUUGACUUUCAUAGUAUGGAAAAAAUAAAAGUACUAUGGAAGUCAGUGGCUACCAGCCAUUUUUAAGGUUUUUUUUUGUGUUAAAAUAGCCAGUGUUACUUUUCCAGCUCCCAAACAUAGGCCAGUUUGUUAGUGGCAGACCCUUUGCACUGAACAUCAUAGUUUUUAAGUUGUUAACUACAUUAUAUCAAAAGCCAUAAAAAAAGAAAGGCAAAAGUUGGUAUUAUACUGUUGAGUUAAAUUGUUACACUGUCUGUUCGAAUGUAAUAGCAAAUGUUAUUUAUUUUAUUAUGCCAGAGUCUAGCUAAAGCUAAAAUACACCAAGUGCGUGUUGGAUAUCAUAAAUAUAGCCUUUAGCCAUGCACAUUUUCAGCUUUUGUAUUGUAAUGGUCUGGUUUUGAAUCACCAUCUCUGUUCUUGUUUACUGUAAAGGGCUGUUUUACACUCUGUAUUGAAACCUUUAUGUGUGUACAUCAGAUCUUCAGUGUUUAAAUCCAUCAGUGUUACACAUUUGGUUCGCGUGUUUGUGAAAUCCUGUGUGUUACUCAGGGCAUGCUUAAGUCAGUGUUUUGCACUAAACACCAUAUUAAACAGUGAAUAAACAGUUUUCUCUCUCUUUCUC